AUGGAUUCAACACACUCAUCGACGUCGACGCUGGCUUCGUUAAGCCACGGUCCUCGCAGAGCAGUGGUCGUUGGGGCAGGCCCUGUGGGCUGCUUGACGGCGUUGGCCCUGGCGAAGCGCGGAUGGCACGUCGAUCUCUUGGAAGGCCGUCCUGAUCUAAGGCUGCCAUCGUCCAAAGCUGCUUCGCAGCAACGGUCUAUUAAUCUGGCAAUAUCGCAUCGGGGUCUCGCAGCGCUAGAAGCGAUAGAUCCAACUGCAGCAGACAAAUUCCUACAUACAGCUAUUCCCAUGCGUGGCCGAAUGAUCCACACUCGAACCGGCGAACUCGAUAGCCAAUCAUACGACAGGGACGGACAGUGUAUUCAUUCCAUUGACCGUGCCCUUCUCAAUGAAGGCUUGUUAGAGCGAGCAGCUGCUUCGGAGAAUAUUCGCCUGUUUUUCAACCACAAGGCUGUCUCCGCAGACUUCGAUGACAGAAUAUUGACCGCCAGGGAUAUUCUUUCAAAUAAAGAAGUCCAAUUCCACUUCGACUUUUGUGUCGGUACGGACGGGAGCUAUUCUGUUAUUCGAAGACAGAUGAUGAGAGUGGUUAGGUCAACGAGGUCUAGAAUGAAUUACCAACAAGAAUAUAUCACCUCUGAAUAUGUCGAACUCAAAAUGCCGGCAGGACGGGACGACCAUGGGGAACCUACGUUCCUUUUGGACCCCAAUCAUCUACACAUAUGGCCCCGUCACUCAUUUAUGCUCAUUGCACUUCCCAACAAGGCGAACCCGUAUCACUAUUUGGAUCGGGCGAUUAUUCUGGGAGACGCAGCCCACUCCAUGGUGCCCUUUUACGGACAAGGGUUAAACUGUGGCCUCGAAGAUGUGAGAAUCCUGACAACGUUAAUGGACCAAGAGGGCAUCACCGCAUGUGCGCCAGAAUCCUUCGAUCCCUCAAAGGACGCAGUGGAUCGGCAGCUGGCCCGUGUCCUCGAGAAGUAUACUCUCGGAAGACACCAGGAUUGUCUCGCAAUCAUUGACCUUGCCAUGGAUAAUUACAUCGAAAUGAGACAUUCGGUUACCACAUGGUCCUACCUGGUGAAGAAGGCGGUGGAUAACAUUCUCUAUACGCUUACCUCGAGGAAGAUGGUUUCACUACCUUCGCUCGUCCCGACCUUGUCCCGGAUGGCCUACCCUCCUGAGGCUCCGAGGGGCUGGCUCCCGCUCUAUACGAUGGUGACCUUUAGACCUGACAUCAGUUAUGCAACGGCAAAGGCCAAGGCAGAACGGCAGGCUCGAAUUCUAGAUGGAUUAAUCUGGACCGGCACCGCUCUGGUUGGCGCAGGUGGUGUUUGGGCAGCUUGGAUGUUGCAACGGACACUGGCACGCCGGUGA